GGUAUUAUAUCAGUCGACUGCAGACUAGCUACCUGCACGUAACGAAAAUGAGUGCACGUAUCGAUAUGGAGGACCUACGUCCAGAAAAUACAGACAGGAGAGGCAGGUGCAAUAGGGAACUGGCUUGUUUAAUAGUUUCCUUUUUUGCUAUGGCAAUCGACCAAAUUCUCGACGCAAGGAAUGUCUACAGAUUCUACACUGGGGGUUACAACGUGUUCUUUUGGCUGAGUCUGGUGUUCACGGUCGGUCCUGCAUUGUUCAUUCAUCUGGACGUCACAAAAAAGUUGAAACCAUCCAGGUGGAAGGCUCUGCUGUAUUUUCCCGUCGCUCCGUGGCUUCUAAUAGGGAAGGUUAUCCAAAGCAGAGGGAACACGAAUGAGGAGCAAAGUUAUUUAAAAAGGACUUUAAACGAUAUGAAAGUAGUUGAAGGCUUUUUUGAGGCUGUGCCUCAGCUGUUCAUCCAAAUGACUGCUUUGAGACUCGGCAUUUCUAAGGGUGGCUUUGGAGUUAAUUUCAACAGUGUGAAGAUUGUAUCCAGCUAUGUCUCUGCCAGUGUUGCCAUUCUGUCUCGCUUCUGCGAAGAAAUGAGUUGGCCUCUUCAAGGACUUUUUGUAUUCCUAGUGGCAAUGGUCUUAGGGUCGCGAGUCUUCGUGUGUGCGUCUCUGUUUUCCCUCCCUAGUCCCCGGCUCUACACGGGCUUCCUUCCUCUAGCGCUCAGCGUCCUCCUCGCCUGGGUCACCGACUACGUGUUCGAGAGAGAAAAAGUGUCUCUCAGCAGAGCAUACAUAAAAGCUACCCUUCUGCCUCCUGAGGACAAGGCUGGUGGCAUGGCCUCCCUGGUAUACUGUGCUUUUGGGUUAGUCUUCUGGCUGCUCACUGUGUCUCAGCCCUUGAGUGUUUUUGUCUUUAUGUUCGUGAUCAUCAGCCAUGUCCUAGGAGGAAUCGGAUGGAUAUUAAUCAAUUGGCUCUUGAAAGGGCCUCACUAGAGAGUUAGUUUUAGUCAUAUCUGUCUCACCUGUUUACCCUUUUCUUCGAUUUUUGGAAAGUUUCUCUGGUAUUAUUCCAUUGUCUUUAAGGUUACCAAGCUUUUGGUAACAAUUUAAUAAUCACAUUAUCAAUAAGAAUAAUAACAAUAUCGGUAUCAAUAACAUUAGAAAGGUUCUUGGCUAUCAACCAAUGAAAUGUGGCCAAGGUUAUUAAGCCGAUGAACCCUAUUCAUUCUGUCAAUCUAGAUAAGUUCAUAAUGUCUCUUAUAGAAAAGUGAUUACUAUUUUCUCAUUGUCUGAUAUUUGAUAAAGUAAAUUCAGUGUUCUUUAAUCUGAAAUAGUGUUUUAAUUUGUGUCUGCUAUUGUUGGUAUCAUGACGCUCAGGGUACAAUGUGAGCAUUUUUUUUUUCUAUAAUAUAAGGGGUGAGUUUGUCUCGUUGCGUUUAAUCUAAGGCGAGCCAACACCACCUCUUCCCUUCUGUUUUUUUUUGGGCUGUGUCCCACAUUCCUGUUGUGGAUAUGUGUUCAUUAUUGAUUUGCAGGUUGGUCCACUCACUUUGCCACAGAUGUAUUUUUGUUUCUAUAAAGGAAACAAAACACGUGAUUGAUUUAUUGGUACUGUGUUGCAUACAAAUUAUAUUACCCAGCAGCUCAUUUUUAGUGGUUUCUAAUGAUUUGAUGGCUUUAAGCGACCUUAAUGAAACUGAAAGAAUACUAUUCUGUCGUGGGUCGUCCAUAGUGCAAAAUCUAUAGCUUUACUGAUAGCAAAAACUUCGGCAAUAAAAACCGAUGUUUGGUUCAGCAAUCUAAACCAGUUCACAUUCAGUCGACCAUUCACCCGCACCCACGCACUUAUCUGUCUUGGAGUCGUUGUUAUAUAUAUGAAAAACAGGGAGAUGAUUGAUAACGAUCUCUCUGAACCUCUGGCGUACCUCCACCUCCGGGGCCAUGGCCUUAGCUGAUGGGAGCCAGGCUUCCGUGAUGGAAAAGUUGGGGGUUUCCCAUGGCGCUAUAUUUAACUGGACCAGGGUAUCGAUGGUAGAGAGAGCUAUACCGACCUUCUCGGCGAGGUCGUGGAGUCGCGUGGAAAUGCCUCCUGAAUAUGACUUGACUUUCCAGUUUUACUAGUUGAUCAAGAGUAUGGCGUCCCUUACACAAGCCGCACUGCUCGUCAACUAGUAGAUUUCUGGCAUUUACAACAUGUAAUAACCUACUAUUAACGAUUCGUUCCAUGACCUUGCAUAAGCAACUUGUGAGGUCUUCAACCCCCACCCCCCCGACCAUACCCACCACCUAUCCCCCCCCCUUCCUUGCCCCGAUCCUUCUAUCCCUCUCGUACCCUUAUUCGCACCCUCUUCCUGUCCCCUCGCCUUUUCCCUUCUCUCUACUUCCACGGUAGUUUCUCCUUCGUCUACUCGUUUUCCUUGCUUGUUCUACCUUUUAUCUCUAUCCCUAUGCUAUCCUGACUCCAUCCUAUCCCUAUCCUGGCCUGUAUCCUGCCGCAUUUCCCCUCGUACCCCUCUUAUUCGCACCCUCUUCUUGCUCCUUCGCUUUCCUCUUCCUUCUACUUCUACGCUGAUUUCCCCCUUUUCCAUUCCUUUUUCCCGUUUGCCCUACCUUCUACCAUUAACCCUAUCCUCUCCUGCUCCCAUCCUACCCAGCAUCCUACCGUAAUCCCCAGGGCGAGUCGAGCACAGCCGGACCACUUCCCUCUGCCAGCCUCCCUUCUACCAUUAUUUUUAUCCAUGUUUUAUGUUGGCUUUGUUUACAUGUGUUUUACGUUUAUUCUACAAUUUUUUAUACAUUUUUAAAUUGAACUUAUAAUGAGAUCCCUCCGUUUUCCACAUAUAUAUAUUUUUUACGAUGUUUUACAUGAUGUGCGGAUAACAGAACAUCCACAUCUGCUGCGAAUUGCAUCUUUCUUUUACCUUUUUUUUAUCUCUUGUAUUUUAAGCUCAGUUUGUUUUUUAAUGGAUUCUUUUUACUUAUUCAUUCUUUUAAUCUCUUUACCAGCGAGGAAAAAGUAUCUUAUUUAACGAUUUUUGUUAAUGAAUCGCAGCAGAUUGUUUUACGUAUUAUUUUUAUAAUUAUGAUUUUCGUAAUGAUUUCUUCUAACGUUUUAUUGUUUUUGUUAUUGGUUUUAUCCGUUGUAUAUUCUAUUUUAUCAUAACAUUUCCUAUUUAUUAUUUCAAUAUGUUAUGUGCAUCGCUUCCGUCCGCGAGUUAAUGUAAUCCCCCCUGUAUUGGUUUAAUAAAGGAAGUGGAUACUCGGA